AUGCCUUCUCGCAUUACCGUUCUGCCUGCAUCGACACAGGCAGGUAGACACACCAUUCGAUUCUUACUUCGGUCGGAAUCAAAACCGUUUGUCCGCGGAAUCUACCGAGACACCACGAAAGCGCCCGUCGAAUUUACCAGUCUCCCCAACUUUCAAGCGGUUCAAGGAGACAUUGCCAUUGGGAAAGGUCUCGACUUCACCGACUCAGAUGCCGUGCUUUACAUUCCACCACCAACCUGGGAUGGAACUGACCAAGAAGAAUUCGCUCAGAAGACGGCCAACUUUGUUGCAAACGCACUGAAAGAGUCUCGAAGUGUCAAGAGAUUGGUCAUCCAAUCGGCGUUAGGUGCCCAGCAUGAACCAGAGAAAAUUGGCACACUCAAACUCAACAACAUCGCGGACUACAUUCUUAGAGAUGCGGCACCAGAGGUUAUCAUUGUCCGACCAGGUUACUAUUUUCAUGUUUGGAAAGAGGCCCUGAAGACCAUGCAAGAAGACCCGCCGAGGUUCGAGUCGCCAUUCUCACCAGCAGACUGGGAGAUUCCCAUGCUUAGCACCAAGGAUAUUGGCCAAUAUUGCGCCGAGACGCUUCUUGCCGACGCGAUCGACCCAAGUAAGCGAGACGUGAGACUUUUUGGCCCCCAGCACUACAGCCCACUCGAUGUAAAAGAAGCUCUUGAGGUCGUUACCGGAAGAAAAGGCGAAAUGGUUCUGGUCCCCGAGGCUGGACUUGCGGAGUACUGGGGCAAGCAGAUCCCGGAAGUCUAUCUGCCCGAGUUUGUCAAGUUCAUCAAAGCACAGCUGCCUGGUGGAGUAAUGGCUCAAGAUUAUGAAGAUGGCAAAGACUCGAUAAGAUGUCAUACCAGCUUGGAGGAAGAGUUGCGGGAGAUGCUCGCACCACAUAUAUGA